UCUCUCGUAUCGUCAGUUUCCUCUUUGCUUACUCUGCAAGUUUUCUUGAUUGAGUUCUUUCCCGGUUUGCCCUAGCUCUCACUUUCCUUUUUCUAUCGACAUUUUUCGCAAGUGCUGUACAUACGUGGUUUGGAGCACUAAUACUCCGUAGAGAAAGAGUGUGGCAGAGGUGAUGAGUUAGUUCUGGCAUUAAGGUUUCUCUAGGUUUUGGACACGAAAUGUCACGUAAAGGUCCUAACCCAAGAGUAGCUAAGGCCCUUAGUGCUAUGGAAGCUCUAGGCAUUUCUGAAGACACUGUAAGACCUGUCCUGAGAAAUCUAUUGAAAUUGUAUGAAAGAAAAUGGGAACUUAUUGAAGAAGAAAACUAUAGAGCUCUUGCAGAUGCUAUAUUUGAGUAUGAGGAGACUCAGGCAGCAGAAAGGACGAUUAAGAGAGUUGAGAAUAUUGAACAGACAACUGAUGAUGUAAGGACAGAAUAUCUACUACAUGAUGACUCUGAACAUCCACAUAAAAGGCUGUGUUUGAGACGCCAUGCAUCAUCUUCUAUUGUUAUCUCUGGCCUGGCACUAGGUGAAAAUUCUUCCAGAAAGGCAAAAUCAGGCACUGCUUCAGACCAAUCUUGUUCUACACAGGAAAAAGAGGAGUCAUCUCAAGGAGAUGAAAGAUCUGAAUCCAAAUAUGUGUCACCUGAGACACAUCUUAGGGACAGAAGAAAGGAACGUGCCUUGCCUCAACCUUGUCCUCAGCAGGAAGAGGCAGAAACAUGCCCGCAAUUUCUUAGGAACAGAAGAACUGAAUCUGAUGCUGUCACCCCUCGGAUACAUCAUAGAGACAAAGGAAAAGAGCUUCUUUCAAUUCAAAUUUCCCCUAGGGAGAAAAGAUCACUCUCUCUAGCAGUAUGCUUAAAAGAGUCAAAUAUUGAGCCAGGAAAUGUUCUUUUGCCCAAAGAAAAGCCUAAUUCUCAUUGUUAUAAUGCUUUAAUGAAGCCGAAAAGUGAGCCAUUCACUGAUGAGUUGCCACAGUUUGAACUUCCACUUGCUAUGAUCUGCCCACCUGAGCAAGGUCUCAUGAAAAAUAAAGCUAUCCCAGAUCCAGUAAAUAGGGGGAGUUAUUCAGUUGGAGUUGGUUCUACCAAGGCAGAUGGACGGGAACCUGUGUUGUCUAAAAACGUGGAAGAAAAAGGGAGAAAUGAUGGUGUUGGGAACAUUGCAUUCAAGUCUGGAAGUAAUUUUGAGCCUCCAAACCUCCAGGAGGAAUCUCUUGCUAAUUUUGAGAUUGCUUCAUCACCCUUGGGAGAGGUCAAAAUUUCUCUUAGCUAUAGGUCUGACCUUGGACGGUCAGACUUUCACAUGCCAAAUCUAGAUAUGGUUCUAAAGAUGGUGGAAGAUAAAUGUCGCAAAUCUUAUAGAAUUGCUGAGCCUGAUUUUUCUCUGAUGAAGCUGAUGAAGGAAUUGUGUCUGUGCUUUUUGGAACAGGGUACUGAUUCUUCUGGUGAUAAACAAGAAAGAUUAACUAAUAUGUUGCCAAAACUUGGUUCAUUGCAAAAUUCUGAUAGUCGAAAAGGUUUUGGUUCCAAGUAUAAUAAUCUGAGCAAUUUCCACAUGCCGGAAAGUUCUUCAAAUGGAUCUACAAAUUUGCAUUCUUCUAUUAGGGUGCCUGUAUCCCAAAAACCAAGGCUUCUAGGUUUGAAUGGUCUAGAAUCCUACUGGAAUGUUGCAUGGAGCUCUAGUGAUAAAAGGAAUAAGAAGAAAAAAGAGGUGAAAGGUCCAGAAUCUUCAAAUUCACGUAGUGUAGUGGUUGUUCAGCAACGGAAAAUUUCCUUUGAUGAUGUAAAACCUCUUCAUGAUGUCAAUGACAUAUCCAAAGGUGAAGAAAAAGUCAGAAUUUCAGUAGCCAAUGAGAUCAGUGAUGAGCAGUAUCCACCAACUUUUUAUUACAUACCAAAGAACAUAGUUUAUCAACACGGGUAUGUCAACUUCUCACUUGCUCGAAUUGCAGAUGAAGAUUGUUGUUCAAGUUGUUUUGGGGAUUGUUUGUCAUCAUCCAUUCCUUGUGCAUGUGCACGUGAAACUGGUGGAGAGUUUGCCUAUAACCGGGAAGGCUUAGUUAAGAAGGAGUUUCUAGAUGAGGUAAUUUCUAUGAAUCGUGAUCCUCAACAGCACCGUCUCUUUUAUUGUAAGGACUGCCCCCUAGAGAGGUCCAAGAAUGAGGAUAUACCCGACACUUGCAAGGGCCACCUAGUGAGGAGAUUUAUUAAAGAGUGCUGGAGUAAAUGUGGCUGCAGUAAGCAAUGUGGAAAUCGAGUGGUGCAGCGUGGCAUAACAUGCAAUUUACAGGUUUUCUUGACAUCUGAAGAGAAAGGUUGGGGUCUCCGAACCCUUAAGGGCCUUCCCAGAGGUGCUUUUGUAUGUGAAUAUAUUGGGGAAAUAUUGACAAACAUGGAGCUAUACGAGCGAAAUACGCAAAGCACUCGGAACAAGAGACAUACCUAUCCAGUAUUACUAGAUGCUGAUUGGGGUUCAGAAGGAGUAUUAAAAGAUGAAGAGGCCCUAUGUUUAGAUGCUACAUAUUAUGGAAAUGUUGCAAGAUUUAUUAAUCAUAGAUGUUUUGAUGCUAACUUGGUUGAGAUCCCUGUCGAAGUUGAAACGCCUGACCAUCACUACUAUCAUCUUGCCUUUUUCACAACAAGAAAAGUAGAUGCUAUGGAAGAGCUAACUUGGGACUAUGGGAUUGACUUUGCUGAUGAUGACCAUCCUGUAAAGGCAUUCUGUUGUUGCUGUGGAAGCAAAUUCUGCCGAGACAUAAAGCGUCCUAACAGAACUAGAUCCAGGUCAUUAAUUUUGCGGUGAUCAUGAUGCAGUGGCUUCACCUAUGGUACCGUAAACAGGGUCUUCUUAGUAAGCUAUGUGAUGUGAUUGUUUUAUCCAUGUAUUCUUUUAGUUUUUGUCUUUUUAGCACUUUUGGUUAUCAGUUGUAAAUAUAGUUAAUUUGUAAAUCGCUGAAGGGUAUUUUGGGGUUUUCAUGUACAGUUAUCUAUAUGUGAAUCUCUUAACUGAUUGUUACAUGUAAUUCAAAUUUUAGACAAUUGUAUUUGUAGUGGAAUAGAAUAUAUGCAAUGCAAAUUUAGGGG